AUGUAUCAUGCAGCUGCUGUGCACUUCAAGGAUUGGGCAGUUGAUCUCUCCCUUACCAUUCAUCAAAAGUGCUCCGACUUCGGGGAAGAUCAGGCCACAGUCUGGGAUGGUGCGAGGGUGCUAUCCGCCUAUCUCGCAGACCGUCAGCACUUUGCUGAUGACUUCUGGAAGGGGAAGAGGGUGCUCGAGUUGGGCGCUGGCACGGGCAUGUGCGGCCUCACCCUGGGUAUGCUGGGGGCCAUCGUGAUCGUCACGGAGCUUGCAGAGGUUGUACCGGUUCUGAGAGAGAACAUAGAGAUCAACAGGCUUCAACACGCAUGCACGGCAGAAGAGCUGCCAUGGGGAGAGCAUCAGAGCUUCGAGUGGUUCCAGUCAAGCGCCCCCUUCGACGUGGUGAUAGGGUGUGAGGUGGCAUAUGCGGUAAGCUUUCAGAAGCAGCUCGUGGAGACGCUUGUGGCAUCCUGCAAGCGCGAAACCCUCGUCUUCAUCGGACACGAGCACCGCUGGAAAGAUGUGGACGAGUGGUUCCUGGAGGAGAUCGGAAAGUACUUCGAGUGUGAAACCAUCCCAUUAGCACACCACAAUGAGCACUAUCGAUGUCCCAACAUAUCUAUCUACAAGCUGAGGCUCAAAGUAUGA